GAUUAAAGCUAAACCAGUUGCUGAUUUUAUUUCUCCUUCAGGAAAAUACAUGAGCGUGCUUCCUGCCUCUAUUUGACAACUGAUAAACAGUUCGCUUCUUUGAAUGAUAUAUUAACUGUUUUGCUGAAUAUGACCUCCAGACAUCUUUUCAUCGUUCCGCAAUUGUUUAUCACAGCGUAACGUUUUCGAUAACUCUUUUAAUCAACAUAUAGACAUGAAGAUGACUUUAACAUCUCGUCCAUGUUGCGAAAUAUACUUUCACUUGCUCUGUUGUGUGGUGUUUGCGGUCCUUCUGAAGCUCCUUGAACGCAGCACAAGAACAGCAUAGUGAGAGAGCAGCUGCGUUAUUGUGCGAGGAGGCGGGAUAAAAUGGGAACUCAUUAUGAUCUCUAAACAGAUACACCCAACAGUAUUUUUUAUGUAGCUUUUUCAGCUCAGGAAGACAGGUUACUGGAGCUAUCAGAUAUUUUACCAACUGUUUGUUUGUUCCGCUUAUUGCAACCUACCAUUGAUCAUAGAGGGCGAACUGUUACUGCCUCUUAAUAUAAUUAUGUUUACAGGGGGCGUGGUCAACAGACUGGGACUCGGCCAAUGGGCUUGCAGUGUGGGGGUGGGGCGUUCCAUUCGGUUAGGAGCAGAAGUUGAACAGCGCGAGCUGUGAAACAGCCUCAGAGAGGCAGGCACAGAGAGGGCAGAUGCAACGGCCCUCUGCCGGAGGGGGGCUUACUAUAACAAAUAUAUAUGCACACAUGAGUGAACUGUUUGGCUGCACGAUAGCUCAUAUGUGGAUAACAGUUAUCUUAGAAAAGCAUACCACCGCGGCUUUACAUUUAAAAUGCCUAUUUUAGUUUUUCUGUUAGACACGUCCGCCUCUAUGAAUCAGCGCACUUAUUUGGGUACGACAUAUCUGGAUGUUGCUAAAGGCGCGGUUGAGAUCUUUAUGAAGCUGCGUGCCCGAGACCCGGCUAGUAGAGGCGACAGGUACAUGCUAGUUACAUUCGAUGAGCCGCCAUACGGAGUGAAGGCUGGCUGGAAGGAGAACCACACUACCUUUAUGUGCGAGCUGAAGAACCUGCAAGCGUCUGGACUUACCACGUUAGGGCAUGCACUCCGCACAGCCUUUGACCUUCUUAACCUCAACCGACUUGUCUCUGGAAUUGACAACUAUGGACAGGGCCGUAACCCAUUCUUCCUGGAGCCAUCUGUGAUCAUUACCAUCACUGAUGGGAAUAAGCUUACAAACAGCUCCGGGGUGCCAGAUGAGCUGCACCUGCCCCUGAACUCUCCCCUGGCUGGCAGCGAGCUCACCAAAGAGCCUUUUCGCUGGGACCAGCGGCUGUUUGCACUGGUACUGAGGCUGCCAGGAGCAGCUGCACCAGACAACGAGCAGCUCGGCAGCGUCCCCACAGAUGAGUCGGCAAUCACGCAGAUGUGCGAAGUCACUGGAGGACGAUCGUACUGUGUGCGAACGCAACGGAUGUUAAACCAAUGUCUGGAGUCUCUAGUCCAAAAGGUUCAAAGUGGUGUCGUCAUCAACUUUGAGAAGACCGGGCCAGACCCGCCUCUUGGAGCAGAAGAUAACUCUGUGGAGCCCAGUCGUCCCGUUUCAUCUUUUAACCCACAGCUCUGGCAUAGCUGCCACAAACUGAUCUAUGUUCGGCCAAACCCAAAGACGGGUGUCCCGGUCGGCCAUUGGCCCAUACCAGAGUCUUUCUGGCCGGACCAGAACUCUCCAACCCUGCCACCUCGCUCUGCUCACCCCGUGGUGCGGUUCUCAUGUGUGGACUGUGAGCCCAUGGUGAUUGACAAACUUCCCUUUGACAAGUAUGAGCUGGAGCCAUCCCCACUCACCCAGUACAUUCUGGAAAGGAAGUCCCCACACAUGUGCUGGCAGGUUUUUGUUAGCAGCAGCGGGAAACAAAACGACCUUGGAAAGCCGUUUGGCUACCUGAAAGCCAGCACCACUCUGACCUGUGUGAAUCUGUUCGUCAUGCCUUACAACUAUCCCGUCAUUCUUCCGCUACUCGAUGAUUUAUUUAAAGUUCACAAACUCAAGCCAAACCUGAAGUGGCGACAGGCCUUUGAGAUGUACCUAAAGACGAUGCCUCCAUACUACCUGCUGCCCUUAAAAAAGGCAAUGAGGAUGAUGGGUACACCGAACCUUAUUGCAGACACCAUGGACUGUGGCCUGAGCUAUAGUGUCAUUUCAUACCUGAAGAAGCUCAGCCAGCAGGCAAAAAUUGAAUCGGACCGUCUAAUAGUGUCUGUGGGCAAAAAAGCACCUCAAGAAACGGGCAUAAAGGUGAAGAACCACUCCAGCUCUCUAUCCCUGGCCCACCGGCGGGACUUCAAGCAGCUGCUGCAGGGAAUCACCGGGGAAGGCCCUCUCCGCCUGGUCGACAUCAACUUCAAAGAGUUUGCAGGCUUCCAGAUUGCUCUUCUCAAUAAGGACGUAAAACCUCAAGCUUACCGGAACGCCUAUGACAUCCCAAGGCGAAACCUCCUGGAUCAGCUUACUAGAAUGCGCACCAAUUUGCUGCGGACCUCGUUUAAACUGAUCCGAGGUCAAGAUGAAGACUUUCUGCACAGUAUUCCUGUGGCUCAGAUGGGAAACUAUCAGGAGUACCUGAAAAUGAUGCCGUCUCCAUUGAGAGAGAUCGAUCCUGAUCAACCUAAACGGCUCCACACGUUUGGGAAUCCUUUCAAGCAGGAUAAAAAGGGCAUGAUGAUUGAUGAGGCAGACGAGUUUGUAGCAGGCCCUCAGAACAGGAAAAGGGGACAUUCUGGUGAUUCCAACUUGAGUGGCACCAUGAAGCGAAGACGGAGUAUGUUCCCGUUGCUGCGGCGGCCCCAGACUCCACCAGGGAACACCAACCAUAUCGUAAUGGGAAAGAGUUUGGCAGGGGUUCAAGGCCAGCAGAAUCUCCUCAAACACUCACCACAGCAUAAAGUUUUUCCAGGAACAGAUGGAAGCAGCAUAGUGGUCACUGAGAGCAACGGUGAUGGUAUCCUUGGGCUGGACUCUGGUGAGAUCUGGCCCACUGAGGUGGAUACAGAGGUGAUGAAACCAUCUCCGUUGGUCUUGGACGAUAAGGCUGGAAUAGUGGCAUCAUUUCAGGAUGAGGAAACAAGUAUUGUGGAAGACGAACUGGUGGAAGAUAAUCUAGAAGAGCAGCUGAUGGAGGAGGGACACAACUGCAACCGUUUGAGUCCACAGAGCGAGCUGGACAGCAAUGAAGAUGACCUCGCUGUGCUCAGCACCAUUUACAUAACCCCGCUGGAUGGCUGCCAAGCAGAGUUACGGAGCAGAGUCAUCAAGGAGGUCCGCAAACCUGGACAAAACUAUAAACCCAUACUCGGCCUACUGCAGCAGGUGAAAGGACCAGUAACUGUUCGAAAGUACUUCAUCCAACAUGCAAUCAAAGAAGCUGUGAGGUUCAAAAAGCGAGUGUUGAUCCAGCAGCUGGAGACCGCCCUUGCUGAACUGGAGGAGGACAAAGCCCCUUGGUCGCAGCUUCCUAAUGACCAUGGCAGGUAGUAACCGGAGAGGCUUCUAUCUUCUGAAGCACGUUUUCAUCACUCCUGGGUUUCAUCACCAAAAGACUUCUGGCGUGACCAGCAUCAAAAAACGGCAAGCCGAGGAUUCGGAGACCCAAAGAAGAAAGGCAAUGAUGGCCUUGUGUUGUUGUUUAACUUGGUGGGAGUCCUUCAGAGCCGAGCUGCUUGGGAUGACAGAGGCCUUACACGUCUAGAUUUAUCAGUGAGGACAUGUUCAGGAGACAAAAAGUGGGCAGAUCCUUAAAUGUGUGUUCGAGUACAGAACCUAGUGCCCCCCCCCCAGCCUGUUACUCUUUGCAAACAGACCUUUUUUCAGCUGGUCUGAAAAGCAUUUUCGUUUCUAAACAUACAUUUUGUGAUGGGUAAAGAAAAAGGGUUAUGCAUUCAUGCAAAGUUGUGGCAGACAGGUGGAAACAGAUUAAACCAGAUUACGUCUGCAACAACAGAUUUAAAUUUUAUUUAUUUAUUUAUUACUUGUUUUUUUUUUUAUCUUCGCUGAUCCUGUUACUUAAUAUCUGACCAUUUUUAGUUGAUACUGACAUGUGUUGGCAUGAGGGGUUGUGCAAUAUGAAUAAAGUCUAUGAGCUAAAAAAUAAUAUGUUACAAAAUGAAUACAUGUUGGUAAAACGAGUCUGGGAAAUCAACAGAAACAUGUAAUAACCAGCCCAAUUAAAGCCUGAUACACUUUGGAAGCAACAGCAAAACAGAUCAUAGUUCACUGGCAUAAUUUGGCAACAAAAUUAGCAUUAUUAUUAUUUAAAGAGGCACUUAUCAGUAUGCAUCCUGAAGUUGUGACUCUUUGCCUUCUUUUCUUAUGUAAACGUUUAUUCUGCAAUGGUCUGCUAACAUCUUUGAUACCUAAAGGUAAACUGAGGAAAAUGGUGAAUAUACAUAAAUAUACAUCCCCAGAUCCAUAGAAGCUCUACUGAUUUUAAGGAAAGGAACUGAGAAAAGAAUCGUAAGGUUCUCUCAAAAUGUUUAGGCAUUUGGUGUUCUUCACAUUUAUUGAAAGUAGCCUAUGUUCUGCAUUGCUGGGGUACGGAUCUGUGUGAUAUUUAUCAGCUCAUAUUGACAUAUUGCUCAACCUCAGUCAGUGUCAAAAAGAUUCUAUAUUUGUUUUUAUAUAUAUUUGCAUGUUUUUUUUAAGCAUCCAAAUUGGAUCAUGUUUCUUACUACUUGGACAUAUUGUCAAGUUUUAAACAAGUUGUGUAAAUUUAAAACUGUUUUAUUUUUUAAACACACCAGCAUCUAUUUGCAUCAGUAUUCUGGGAUAAAGCAGUAAGACGGUUCUUCAAGCUACCACCUGCUCCACGUUUGUGUGUAAAAAGCCAUAAAGUAAAUUCCUCUUUUACUCCUGUAGCAUUAUCUCACCCAGAGAAAAUGUAGAAGAAUGAAACAAAACCUGUUGAAAGACCCAAAGGUGACACAUUUAUAUUUCAAUGCUAAGAGUCCACCAGAUUUUAACGUAAAAUAUUCUGCAAAUGUUGCAGAUUUCGGGGUUCUGUGCAGUCUAACAAACCUCCCAUGGUUCUUGGAAGAGAAACAGGCCCACAGCAUUACUGUACUGAAGAGUGGGCGUGAGCCCAAUCUUACCAGUUACACUCCUGGUAAAGCUAAGAAAACUUAAUGUUUGUGAUGGUAGGAGAGAAAAGUUUGGUUUUUGGCAUUGCCCCCAAAUAACAUGCAGAUGGCAUCUGAUAGUUGUUACAUAGACUGGGUGAUCCCAGGAUGCCACUUUUCUUUGCUACAGCUUUGGAGAUUUUUCUUACUUCCCUUAACAUCCAGUUCAUGCAGGCAGCGGCCAGAUAAAUAUGGCUCCUUGUCCAACAUAUUGAACAGUGGCUAAAACAAACUGUGUUUCGUCUUAUUGAUACCCCAAGCAAAAACAAACCCAUGGAUUACUGAUUAGAAGUUGCUAGAAAGUGGAUUUUUUUUCCCAAUAUAAGUUUAGAUUUUUCCCAAAUCUCCGUUGUGAGAUUAGACUGCGGCUGUAAGAGGUGUUAUUUUUAAGGCUUUUUACACGUCUUCUAGAAAUGUGGACGGUGUUGGAUCUAACACAAGACAGACGAUCGCUAGUUCUGCAAAUAAAGGUCACCCUCUGGUUAUCUGCUAGUAAAAACCUUUGGUUAAAUCUGUGAAUGCAUACGGUUGUGGUUAACUUUCGUGAUCUAGCACCACAAACAAGCAUCAGAAGCACUCCGAUGAUCCGAUCAUAACCGUUUUUCCUCUGGUGUCCAGGCUCAGCUGAUGUUCUCUGUUAAACAGCCGGUUAUCUUCCCCCACAGCUUCUCUGCACAAAGUCAGCCCUCUUCCUCCCUUUGCUCUUCUGGUUGUUUUUACAACAAAUGUACACUUUUUAAUGUUCAUAGGCAAUAUAGAUUAUUUUUGUGAAUUUAUGUCAGAGUCGAAGAAAUAUUUUGAAAGCCAUUUUUUGUAAACUGUUAAAUACAUAUGAGGCGCAAAGUUUAAAGAUAAUCCUUUUUUAAUAAAAACUAAAAUAAACCA